UGUGCCAACUCAAGUAAAACACCAUGGAGAAUACUAAUGACAGCUCUCAAGAUGUCAUCAAUUUCACACAGAAUGAAGUUCUGAUUAAUAUGCCACAGAACUCCAUGGAAGUACAAGUUAUAACAAUUGUUCUCGCACUUCUAAUAUGCGGAGUUGGGAUAGCGGGGAAUAUAAUGGUGGUGUUGGUUGUGCUGCGCACCAAACACAUGAUGACCCCUACUAACUGUUAUCUUGUCAGUCUGGCUAUUGCGGACCUUGUCGUCCUUUUAGCGGCAGGUUUACCUAAUAUUUCAGAAGUAGUCGACUCUUGGAUAUACGGCUACGCUGGGUGCCUUUGCAUCACAUACCUGCAAUACCUGGGUAUCAAUGUAUCAUCCUGCUCCAUCACAGCCUUCACCAUUGAGCGCUACAUUGCUAUCUGCCACUCCAUCAAGGCGCAAUUUAUUUGCACUGUGUCUCGGGCGAAGAGGAUAAUUUCUUUUGUGUGGAUUUUCAACUCGCUUUACUGCAUGAUGUGGUUGUUUUUAGUGGACACGAACGAAACUGUCUACGCCGAUGGGGUGUUGGUCAGCUGUGGCUACCGUGUCUCAAGAAACCUCUACAUGCCAAUUUACUUUCUAGACUUAUCUUUGUUUUAUGUCCUCCCUCUGAUUGUGGCUGUUGUGCUGUACGGUCUCAUCGCAAGGAUUUUAUUCAUGAGCCCCUUGCCAACCAAUCUCAACGACAAUAGUGAAGGUUCUAUACACCAGGGACGCUCCAGCAGCACAGUCAAGGUGUUGGGCAAAUCAAACAAGGGUGCAGUGACGUCAAGAAAACAGGUUACUAAGAUGCUUGCAGUGGUGGUGAUUAUUUUCUCCCUGCUCUGGAUGCCAUACCGGACGCUGGUGGUGGUAAACUCUUUCAUGGACCCACCCUACCUAAACACAUGGUUCCUGCUCUUCUGCCGCUUAUGCAUCUACACCAACAGUGCCAUCAACCCUAUCAUUUACAACCUGAUGUCUCAGAAGUUCCGUGCCUCCUUCAAAAAGCUUUGCAAGGGCAAAGGACUAGACCCAGAGAAGGUUACCAAGUACAAUGUGCCAGUGUAUUACAGUGUCAUGAAGGACUCUUCCCGUGAGAGCCCUGAGCAGACAGAGCAGGAGGAUGUCAGCAGCUAUGGGGACACUGGUGGAAAGAGGAUCAACUUCACAGAUAAGUGUGGGAACACCGGCACUAUGUUCAGCGUUGCCUGAUAGACGGACAAAAUAGAAAUAAGUUAUUUGUGUAAAGUGAGGUUUUAUAAAGUGAAUGUGAUGUCAUUAUUUUGCCAUGUGUCAAAAGUCAGUAGGCUACUACCGCUUUUUCUUUUUACAUAUACUUUUUUGUAGUUUACUUGUAUUUACUGUUGGAAUAUAUUGUGCAAUCUUAUAGCACAGCCCAAACCUCAGAAUCUCUAAUUAAAAACCCAUUACCUGCUUGUUAAAAGACAUUAAGUCACCCAAACAAUCUAAAAGAUUGGCUGUAGAACUCCUUGAUUGUUCCUUGGAGACUAUCCUGGGUUUAAUCUUUGCAUUUAUCAGAAACACUUCAAUACUACAUUGUUUCAACUCAUUCUUACUCAGUAACUGCUUCCGCAAAAAAAAAUUGU